UUUGGGGGGCCCUGCCCUGGAAAAGUUUGGGAACCCUUGCCUUAAUCCAUCUCUGGAGAGGACUUUUCAUUAGUUAAGAAAAUUCAAGUUAAAUAAUCAUUCUAGUAAUUUGUGCCACUAAUGAGGUUUUCGAUGAAGUUUGUGAUAAAACAACAUCUUGUUAUGUUCUUACUGAUAUGACGCAAAAUGUACAAUACUCUGGAAAAUCUGAUUUCCUUUUUCUGCUCAGAUUAGUGCUUUGUUUGGCUGUUUAUUUAAAAGAGAAAGUAGAGAUGGAAAUCAGUGUUUGUGAUGGAAAUUUAGGUUUAUUUUGCAUGAGAGGUUUGGAAAAAUAAGGGCUUGGUGGCAAGUUCAGCUAUUAGAUAAGUCCGAUGCUGAAAGAGAGGUUCUGGAUUAUACAGAUCCUGAUUCUUUACAUUUAACCUUCACAUCUUCAAAUUACAGGUAUGUUUCAUGUUGAAUACUGUAUUUAAAAACAACAACAACAACUUGUAUAUAUUACAGCAUUAGCAGUGAAAAGAUUAUUAAAUUCUUGAGUUUGACUCAUUUGGUUGAAUUGGUGUAUUCUGAAUAAUUGUUGUUUGUGGUUUUUUUUUUGUUUUUUUUUUGUGUGUCAUGUAUAUCUCCACAGCUACUUGUUCAUCAUGGAGCUAAACCUUUUAAGUCUCCUUUGUCUGAUUGGUUUUGCUCCAGUUGCGCUGUCCAUCAAGCUAACUGCCCCUCUUCUCAUCAUGGAACAAGUGACCUGGCCGGCGGCGCAGAAUUACUGCCGGGAAAACUACAUUGAUCUGUUCACAAUUACAAACGCAGAUGACCAAGCGAAGCUAAUUGAAGAAAUGAAUAAGAAGAGUGUGAUAGGGCCUGCCUGGAUAGGUCUGUACAUUGAGCUGGACAACUGGUAUUGGUCCUAUAAUCACCUGCCAUUGAAGAACACAAAUCUAAGCAUAUGGCGUUCAGGUCAGCCUGAUAAUGCAUAUGGAGCAGAUGUGUGUGUGUCGAUGUUUGCAGCUGGAUACUGGUGGAGUUACCCCUGCGAUUUCGUUGGACCCUUUAUAUGUUAUGAUGCUAACAACAGUUAUGCUGACAGGUUUGUUGCCUACCUUUUACCUCGAAUAACCUGGCUUGAUUCUCAGGCAUACUGCCAACAACAUCACACAGAUUUAGCCACUGUGAUGACUGAGUCAGAUGUCAGCCUGUUAGGACAGCUCUUACCACCCUUAAAUAUUAAUAGUGGUUGGGUUGGUCUGACCAGGAACACUUGGGAGUGGUCAGACAGGUCCAAUCCAUCAUACCUCCCAUGGUUAAGUGGACAACCAGAUAAUUUGAAUACGUGGGAGAACUGUGCGACUGCGACAGCUGGACUGCUGAGCGAUGAGCAAUGCACCAACGAAUACUAUUUCACUUGUUCUGCCUAUCAAGUAAGGAAACAAAUAGUGAAACUACAAGUGAAGUUAACUCAGAAUGUGCUUGACUCUACUGUACAGUCAUCUAUUUUAGAGAUGCUCAAGCUGAAACUGCAGGAAAACGGCAUGUUGAUGAACACCACAGUAGCAUGGAGGGUGCAGCCAGAUGGAAACAUCUUUUACAAGAAAGUAAACAACAACAACAACGUACAACCUCUAAAUGCUUGUAGUCUGAAAGGUUAAACAAUGCAUAAUGCAGAAAUUCCUUUUUAUAUAUUAUUCCGUGAAAUGCUAAAAGAUGGAUGUUAAUGUAAUAUUAUCAAUAAAUAUGAAUAUUAAUAUGAAUGUUAUUGCUAAAACAUAGAGGUUCAGAAAAUGUUGUGCCAGUAAUCA